AUGUCCCUUUCAACUAUAACUGUAAAAGCUUUGCGACAACUGCUUAAAGAGAAAUAUACAGUAGAGGAUGACCUUAAUGGAUCCUUAGCUCUACCAAAUAUGCGAUUCCAGCCAUCACGUGAAGGAGAAUAUCAACCACUAAGUCAAUCAUCGCUUCUCAACACUAAACUGAAGCAAAAAAGUAACGAGAACACCCAAAAUUACAACCGCAUACUCAUAUCGAAACUAUCAUGUGAGAAAAUUUCCAAUUUUUCAGUUCGUGGCGGAAAUAUUGAAAUUAUGGGUAUUCUAAUGGGUUUCACUUUGGGAGAUCACAUUGUCAUAAUGGACUGUUUUAAUCUACCUGUAGUAGGAACAGAAACACGUGUAAACGCACAAUUAGAGUCGUAUGAAUAUAUGGUUCAAUAUAUUGAUGAGAUGUAUAAUAAUAAUGUCGAUAGUGACGCACAAGACUGUAAAGAAGUUCAACUCAACGUUGUUGGUUGGUUCCAUUCACACCCUGGUUAUGAUUGUUGGCUCAGUAAUAUUGACAUUCAAACUCAGGAUUUGAACCAAAGAUUCCAAGAUCCAUAUGUGGCAAUUGUGGUAGACCCAUUAAAAAGCUUAAAAGACGGAACCUUAAAAAUGGGCGCAUUUAGAACAGUGGAAAAUCAAAACGGCGAUGUUAAUGCACUAUCCUAUUAUGAACUAGAGACGAUUGUCUUCGAUUCAGAAUUGAAUCGAACGCUAUUCGAAACUAAAUUAAAAUUACAUUGUGUGGUAGAGGAUGAUGAAUCAGAACAAAUGUCUUUAAACAGAUUAAUUGAAACGAUGAAACAAUGUAAUUAUUUAGUGGAUUCAAAAAACGUCAGAACAAGAAUGAAAUUAGCUACUAAUGACAACGUUCACGACGAAAACAAAAAAACUGUUGAUGACCAAAAUCAUUUAACAAAGUCACAGUUCUACUGUAAUACUCAAAAGGGGGACAGUACCGGUACGAACUCUUUUGUCAGUAUGCUUUCAGGAGACAAUAAUAGUGACGUAGAUAUGGAAGAUCGAAACUUUACCGAAUUUGAUAGCACAGAUACAAGUCUGUACACGAGUAUGGAACCAAGCCUUCAUGCAAACCGUACAGAAACAAAUAACAGGUCUAACGAAAACUUCCACAAUUUGAGAAACCAUUUCAAUAUUUCUCAAGACAGACAUAAGGAGGAAUGUAACGAUCUUUUACAAAGAAACGUGCUAGAGACAGAUUAUACAAGAGCGAAGAACCGCAUACUUGCUUCAAAGAUAAAACAAUACGAACGAUUGCGAUUUUAUAAGGAUACGUUCACACUUUAA